UUUCAAAAUGGUUGCGGGUGGUUUGGAAGUGUCAGCGGAGUUUAUUUUUGGUUCAUUUACGGCCUGAUAAUGUCUUAGUUUUCCACUAUCCCACUUAUAAGAACAGGACUUGCACAAUGGACAGGGGCCAAAUCUUUGGUAACCUUGAAGUUGACAAUGACUCUCUCAGUGGUGAAAGUUCUGGAUCUGAUUCAGAGAGUGAUGUUGAGGGACAGUCUGAACCUAUCACUGUCAGAGAAAAUGAAACAAGUGAAAGACAGCUGACAUUAUUCGAUGAUGAUAAUGACAACCCUUUACUGCCCUUGCCCCCUGAAUACGAUGGAGAAGGUGAUGGUAUCCUUAUUGAGGAUGAUGAAGGAGAGGCUGCAUUAAGUGAUACCGAAAAAGCAUUAGAAACAGGCAAGAAAAAAGGACAGACAAGUGAAGAUAGACCAGAAACUGAUUCAGAAGAGAAACCUAAGAAAAAGAAAAAGAAGAAAAAAAAAUUUCUGUCCAUCUGUUUGAGCAACUGCAAGUAUGAUUCAGUGCGGCGUGUUUCGCGGAGGUAUGGUUUCAAGGAGUGCGGAGAUGAUGAGGACUGGAACAUGUUCUGGACAGACUUCUCGGUUGCGCUUGAGCGAGUCAUGGAUAUGAAGAAGUAUCAGAAAAUCAACCACUUCCCGGGCAUGAGUGAAAUCUGCCGCAAGGAUUUACUUGCCAGAAAUAUGAACCGGAUGUUAAAGUUAUUUCCCAAGGAUUUCAAUGUCUUCCCCAAAUCAUGGUGUCUUCCCUCCGAUUACGGUGAUCUAAUGGCGUAUUCCCGCCAGAAGAAACACAAGACAUACAUUCUGAAGCCAGAAAGUGGGUGUCAGGGCAAAGGCAUCUGGCUCACCAAGAACGUGAAGGACAUCAAACCACAUGAGCACAUGGUCUGCCAGCAGUACCUGGGCCGGCCCUUCUUGAUUGAUGGCUUCAAGUUUGAUUUCCGAAUCUACACAGUAGUAACAUCGUGUGACCCAUUGCGGAUAUUCAACUUCAAGGAUGGCCUGGCAAGAUUUGCCACAACCAAGUAUUAUGAACCUACCAAUCACAAUACGGAAAACGUGUACAUGCAUUUAACCAACUAUGCCAUCAACAAGCAUAGUCAGAACUUUGUCAGGGAUGACGAAGCAGGCAGCAAAAGGAGAAUCACCACCAUUAACAGAUGGUGGAAGGAAAAUGGCUACAAUGUUGACAAAAUCUGGGCAGAUGUGGACGAUGUGAUUAUCAAAACGUUAAUCUCAGCUCAUCCCAUCCUGAAGCAUAACUAUCGGACGUGUUUCCCUAACCAUGUGCGGGGAAGUGCCUGCUUCGAGAUCCUUGGCUUUGAUGUGAUGUUUGAUAAGAAACUCAAGCCAUAUGUAGUUGAGGUGAACCAUUCGCCAAGUUUCCACACUGAUGCCAAACUAGACAAAGAGAUUAAGGAGGCAUUGUUAUGGGACACCCUGAACGUUGUCAACUUCGGUGCUGUCGACAAGAAGAAGUGUAUAGAAGAGGAGAGAAGAAAGAUCAAAGAUCGACUUUUUGCCAGACAAAACAAGAAAGAAACGAAGGAGGAUUUGGACAAGGAGGCUGCAAAGUUCAUGGAAUACCAAGAAAGCUAUGAGGACGCUCACAUGGGUAACCUACGGCGUAUCUACCCUGCCGAAGGAACAGAGAAGUAUGACAAGUACUUCCAGCACAGUGGCUCCCUCUUCCAGGAAACAGCAGCAUUCAAGGCUCGGUCGGAAGCUGCACGGCUACAAAGGGAAGAAAUCAUAAAAAAACAAGAAAAACUUGAGUGCAUGUUGAAGGGGAAGAAGCGAGAUGGACUGCGGCCUGAGAGUCCUGGUGGGCGCCGACGACGGAGCCGGGUGCCCAGCAAACCGCUGAACCAGAUGAGGCGACUGAGUGGAUCUCGCGCUGAGUUGGGCCAAGCAGAUACUCUGACGAGAUUAGGCACUCUACAUUAUGCCUUUAAUCCAUCUUUUCAACUUUGCCAGUCCAAGGAUAACAUGUCCUAUGAAGAACCCGUCGAUACCCUCAAACCCAUGGAGAUCUUGGAGGAGGAGGAACUUGAGCGAAUCAGCUCUCUCUUGCAGCGCGACAAUCUUGUCCGUGGUCUUGGCAUUGUCGAGCAUGUCUACCGUCUGCUUCACUGCACGCCGGGAACCAUGGGAUAUCUGAAAGGACCGGAGCCACCUCGGCAGUACAAUUUCUCUGCGAUGAGUUUAAAGUCUGCAGGAUCAGUUCGGCGUCUUUUCAUGAACAAAGCUAUGGAAGAGCUGACAAGCCGGACGAAUCAUCUGUCUGUGAACGAUCACAGUCACAUGAUAUCAAGUACCUUCAACAUCCAGUCGGCACAAGGGCGUGCAAAUAGCCAGGUGUCGCAGCCGCCUGUUUAUGGUGCUCAGUGGCAGUCGCAGCGAGCCAAGGGCAGUAGUAUAGGCCAGUAUGGAGUAGGCUCUCUUCAGAGGCAACAGCAACAGCUCCAUCAGCGAUAUGUGGCGAAUAAAAAGCCGACGUAUCCGAGUCAGCGGAAUCAAGGACUGAUGCCGGAAUCUGAGUAUCGUACUAUCAAUAACAUGAUGGAAGAUGAGAAAAGUCGUGUUUAUGCUCAAAAUAACUGGAAGACGGACCCAAUGAAUAAUGGGUCAGUGACGCAGCCAGGGAGGCGUACACAUAGUGCUAGCUCCAAUACUGGGAGGCGAGAACCUGCUUCCAAAUUUAACCCGCGUGGUUUGAUGCAGCCCCUUGGCAUUGCGAGCACCCCACCUACCACCCAGCUGUCGGCCGUACCCUUCUACCAGUCCAUCUAUCCAAUACAAAACGCACUAAAAGGUGGCAUUCCUCCGCCGAUUGGCUCACAGAACCUUUCCGUUGUGUCUGCACCUGCACCUGUUGUCCAGCGGCCUGAGUUAUCCUCGGCGGGGACAAAUUCUCUACGCGGCGGGGCGCAACCGGAGGUACAGCAGCCAACAGAUCAGGGAUUACGCUCGACCAAAUCUCAACGGAUUCGUGGUGCAUCUAACAAUGUGAGGCUGAAACAGAUAGAAAUGAGAGAAAAUCAUGCGGUUGUGUUGAGUUGAGUUAACUGUGAUUGAAACAUGGGUAGUUCAUUCAGUCUGCUGAUAAUCAAUGGUUUCCUGUAUACAUCCCAAGAUAGGGCUCGACAAGGCAAGCUGAAUAGUAUUAGUCUUGUGCAUCAAGCCUGGAACGGUCUACUCUUGUGUUGAUAUCCCAUGUGGACACUUACAAAGGUGACCUUUCAGUAAAUCUGUCAUCGAGUUACGGCUGUGGUGGUUGAAGUGUGUUGCAAAUAUGUCAGUGGUCAGACUGAUCAGUGACUUGGCAAUCAUUUGCCGUUGCUUGUAUUUGGGACUGAAGUCUCUUAGGCGUCAGAGGGCUAACUUGAGACGUAUCUUGAAACUGAAUAUAGUUGUAUGCAAUUAACAACAUUGUUGAAUCUGGUGCCUGGAGUUUCAUCACUUUCAUGAGCAUAGUUGAAGUGGCAAGUGGAGAAUCGCAUAGUGUUGUUAUCCUUUGCAGCUGUCAUCUCAGUGCUGUUAUUUAUGGUAGAGAGAAUGUCUCAUUUUGAGUGAAAGGUUUGAGUUGCGAGUCUUUACAGGUAAGAAUUCCAGGUGCUUUGGUGACCUUGUUGAGAUUGCAUGCAAUUCAACAUUGGCUGUGAUACUAGAGAUUUUUUGUAAUUAUAUUGAAUGACAUUGAAUCUGUGUCUCUCUGCAGUGACUGUCAAACCGAAAUGCUACAUUUUCAAGUUGACUAACAGUUGCAUAUAGCAAGUAUGGCGAUAGUAUGUUGAAGUGAGGUGAGGAGUUGUAUGGACAUGGAUGGUAUGGUGCCAAAAUAACCCCUCAGGUUGGAAAGGAGACUUAAGACUUAUCGAACUGAUGGAGUCAGGCGUCACUGAUUGGAUAUGCAAGUUAAGAAUACUAAUCAAACUGUGAAGCGUUGUGAGAGGUCGGUCUGUUACCUUUUGUAUCUGCGCUCUUAUACUGUACAAGUGUACGAUUCAGACGCUCUUCGACUGUAGCACAUUGCUUCACGUUGAGUUUGGUUCAUUUCUUCUAUGCACACUGGCCAAAAACAGUGGGAAAUGUUAUCUUUUUGUAGUACUGUUAUACGAGCUUGGUAUAAAGACUGGUGUACCAUUGAUUAUUUUUAAAGAUAUCUGCUCUAUAUUUUGUAUUUACUGUGAUGACCAAUUCCUUGUUGAAUGGGUACAAUAUUUUCAAAUGAUUCCAUCCACUUUUUAAAUGUAUAACAUAUGCAAUGUCUUACAAACAGAGAUGAUCUGUACUAUGAUAUAGAACUUGUAGAACCUGGUUAUAUUUGGAACAAUUAUGCCAUAUCUGUUUCAAUGGUCAAUUUUAUAUUACACCAAGUUUUUUGGCUGCAAUUGGACAAAAAUAUUAGAGACCAUUCCGUCCAGUUGCCAGAUUUGUUAAAAAUCUUUUAAUUUUGUUCAAUAGCUGAAUUAUAUUUUUUAGGUUUCUAUACUGUGUCUACUUUUGUGUAGGGGUUGACAAGAUUGUUUUAAAUAUUCAUUGAUCUUGACACUGUUUUGAGAUGUCAUAACUUGGUAAACCACUGUACAUUUUGUUUUCCUGUUGUUAACAUGUCAUACCUCCGUCCGUAUCCACGCUGUCAAAGGGCAACAUUCUUGUUAUCAGUUGAAAGAAAUAUGCUGUUUAGUUCAUUCAUAUUUCAUUUUAGUACAAAGAAGUCCUGUUUACAAUGACUGUGAAACCAAAAGCCAAAAUGGGUUCCCAGGAAAACUAGCUUCUAUGUUUAGAUUUAUGAGGAAGAGCUGAUGUGAAGGACCCUUUCUUGAGAUGGACAAUGCUCUACUGGCUGAACUGUUCAACUGUUUGGCUGUAGGAGGGGUCAUCGUUUGUAUUUAUCUCGCUACUUCAUGGGGUUUGUUUGGGAAAUGCCAAAAAGUUACAUGUCUGUUCCAUGUAUGCGUUCUUGUCGGGUCAUUAGUUUGUUUUCUGUAGGUAGAGUGCCAAAUCAUCGUCCAGUGGGGUUUCAUAACAGACUGAAGUUUGGUGUGGAAUAAUUGAUGUUAGACUGGAUUAAAGUAUAUUUAUUGAAUAAAGCUUCUUUUAUGUAUAUUUAAUUACAUUGUAUAUACUUGUUUUUCAAUGUAAAUAUGUCUCGGAAGAUUUGUAAACAGGAAUGAAAGGGUUAAUUUGUAAUUGUACUGGAAUUUUAUAAAUAAAACUUGUUGUCUUCCUGCAA